AUCGUUCUACGACGUACCACUUUCACACAAAAAAAACGAACUUUCCUGGCUGGACCGUAUUAGUCCUUAAAACCGCCGUGCGGCUUCAUCAUUCGAGUCCGCCAAUCUUCUUUCUAACCCACAGGAUCGAGCACCCAAAGUGUCUCGUCCGCAACGGUCGUGUCUAAAAGACUUCCCUUCUCAAAGAGAACAGCACAAGAUGUCUAUGCUCGCCAUGGCUGCUCCGUCCCCCCAUUCAGCAUUCAAGAACUACCCCUGGGAUGGCGGCAGGUCUUCCUCAGACUACUCCUCGCGCCCUCGUACUGAGCCCGAGAGAAUCGCCUUGCCAUCAAUUCGUCAGGCCAUCCCAGAACUUCACCUUCGCCUGCAACCCCAGGAGGCAUCAACCACCAGAACCACCUCUUCCAACACCUCGCCAACAGUAGGAUAUGCCGGUGUCAUGACGCCUCCCGAGUACGUUCACUCGCCAAACUCGAACAAGAGGAGGAGACUCUCAAUCGACGAGGAGCAGGAGAGCGAGAGAGUCAGCCGUGUCCCCAGACUCUACGAGUCUCCUGCCCGCAUUCCUCAACGCCAGAUUUCCCCGCCAGUUCCUUCCCGCGCUGCCACUGAGAGCUGGACCGGUUCCGCAAGGACGAGCCCCUACAUGUCUUCAUCUGGCAUGCCUUCCAUGAGAUCCCCUGCCAUGGAGGUCAACGAGCGUCUCGAGUCCCGCCCGACACUUCCCAGUCUCCCGCCCAUGAACUUCGAGAGGGAAUCGAUCCCCAUGCAACGUGUCCGCGGCCACUCCCAGGACGAGUUCCAACCCAUCCGUCCUUCCAUGGCCAUGUCUUCAGGACCCAUGAUGGAGGCCGCUCCUUCAUACCGCUCCAGCGGAUACGCUUAUGGAUACCACCACCCCAGCCGAGUCCAGUCUCUCUCCCUCGGCUCCAUUCACCCCUUUGACCGCACACCGUUCUCAGCCGCCGGCUACGGCCACUACCCCGAGUUCAUGCGCAUCGGAGAGCUUGGAGCCAUGGGAAUGCACGGUGACAGCAAGCAACGCAAGCGCCGUGGCAACCUGCCAAAGGAGACGACUGACAAGCUGCGUGCUUGGUUUGUCGCUCACCUGCACCACCCCUACCCCACGGAGGACGAGAAGCAGGAGCUCAUGCGUCAGACCGGUCUGCAGAUGAACCAGAUCUCCAACUGGUUCAUCAACGCGCGGCGCCGUCAGCUUCCCACCAUGAUCAGCAACGCCCGUGCAGAGUCCGACGCCAUGUCCAGCCGCAGCGGCGAGAGCAAGAUCCUCCCGUCGACAGAGCGCAACGAGUACGACGACGGCAAGCGCAACAGCGUUCCCCUCAGCGAUGGCGAGGCCUUUGAUGAGGACAUGGACCUGAAGCAACGGCGCUCUGCCCACAUCAAGAGGGGGAGCAUUUAGAAGAAAACGCCUAUUGAACAUCCGAGACAAAGAAACAAAAACGUCAAACAAAAAAAUUACUACCAACGCCCAAGACAAAGGGCGACCUCCUGCGACUCAAGAAUUCUUUUAUCACUAUACCAGACGCGCGCU